AUGGCCAGCAAGAAAGUGAUUGCUGUGUUUGGAGCAACAGGUGCUCAGGGGGGGCCUGUGGUCAGGGCACUUUUGGACGCCAAACAUUUUGCAGUGAGGGCAUUGACCAGAGACGUGACUAAACCCAGUGCCCUGGCGCUCAAGGAUCUUGGUGCUGAGGUGGUGAAAUGUGACCUGGAUGACGAAGCAUCUUUAGUGGCAGCUUUAAAAGGUGUCUAUGGAGCCUUCCUGGUGACCAACUUUUGGGAAUAUCUCGACCAAGAGAGGGAAGUGCGUCAGGGGAAGCUGAUGGCAGAUGUGGCCAAGCGCUUUGGUCUGAAGCACGUGGUGUUCAGCAGCCUGGAGUACAUCCAUAAGCUAACUGGGGGAAAAUUGACUGCGCCACACUUUGAUGGCAAAGGAGAGGUGGAGGAGUACUUCAGGUCCAUUGGAGUCCCCAUGACCAGCAUCCGCGUGCCAUUCUACUUUGAGAAUUUUCAUGGUGGUUUGAAACCUGCCAAAGCCUCUGAUGGAGAUUGCUACACCUUGGAGCUGCCCAUGGAGGAUUCACCACUGCCCGCCAUCUCCGUUGCUGACAUUGGAGUCAUCAUCUCUAACAUCUUUAAUUCUCCAGAAGAGUUCAUCGGCAAGGCCAUGAACCUCGGUGCAGAAGCACUAACAAUGCAGCAAUAUGCUGAGAUUUUAUCCAAGGGUUUGGGGAAAGAUAUCCGACAUUCAAAGAUCACUCCAGAAGCUUAUGAGAAGCUGAACAUCCCUCAAGCGAAGGGGAUAGCCAACGUGUGUCGUUACUGGCAGAAGAACCCAGAACGCGAUGUCGAGCUCACCUACCGACUAAACCCCAAAGUCAGAAGAUUCCAACAGUUUGUCUCUGAGAGCGUGAAGGCCUUCAAGGACAUCUAGAAGACCCGCUGUUCGCCUGGGUUCCCCAUCCAUUCUGCAUUCUCUCCCACACUGUUCCUCAUAUGUAAAAUCCAAGAUAUCCCUGUAGCCCUCCCUUUGCUAGGAAACUCUGCACUAGAGACCUGGGGCAGUCAUUUGUCUCAAGUAUCUUUUCAGCCAUUGAUAUGUUCACCUGUUAGGUGACACAAGAAGCCUCACACUGAUGCCACUUUUGUAGCUCUCUCUCUCUCCCUCUGCAGCCCAGUGACCCAUCACUCUCCAAGGCUCUGGCUUGGGAGGAUAGUGGAGCUCCUUCCUAACACAGCAUAAGCCCACUCAGGUUUUCCUGUGGAAGUUAGCUCAAGACUCAGGGAGCUCCAUUUCCU